UUUGAUCGAGUAUCGUAAUCGGUAUAUACAGUACGCUCCAGGAGGUCGGACCAGCCUGGUGUUCGAAAGUUCAUAGAACCGCCAUUGCUAACGAGUAUCAAUCUGACAGCGCGAUCCGACGAAAUCGUUUCUACCAGAAAAGUUUCACGAAACCUGGUGUGCCUUCUCGAUAGUAUGAUAGUCUAGUCCGUGAUUCGUGACCGAGAAUCGUGAUCGAGGACUCGUCCAAGUAGAAACAGGCACAAAGUCACAAACUAGUUCGACCUUAAAAGUCAUCCGCCGUUGGUUGUUCUGUUCGCGUUCUUGCGAAAAGAAACCCAAGAUAAUUCGGGAACGUGCAGGAACGUCCGCCUUCCGGUCGAAUUAACAUGUCGGACACGAGACGUCGUCGAAAAUCUAAUCAGUCGUGCGGUUCCGACGACCUCUCGGACUCUUGCGAGGAGUUGAACACAACGAAGGAGAUCCAGAGCAGUGAACAAACUGAUGGACACCAAGAUUCAGAAUGUGAUAUUUACCCAUCAGAUUCUGAUGUUGAAUCUCAAGAUGGUGCACUAAGAGAAAGUGGAGAUGGCCAAGAAGAAGAGAAACCUCAAAAAAAAUUAGAUGAUGAUGAAGACAGACGCAAUCCACAAUAUAUUCCUAAAAGAGGAACUUUUUAUGAGCAUGAUGAUAGAACAGCAGAUGAAGUGACAGAUAAUAAUGCAGAGCCACAAAAUGAGAGAGAAACCAAAGAGAAGAAAGUAUGGAAAGACAAAGAAGAUAGAUGGGAUCAUGAUAGAUACAAUGAUGAAGAACAGGCACCAAAGAGCCAUGAAGAAUUGAUAGCAGUUUAUGGGUAUGAUAUAAGGAAUGAAGAAGGUCCACCCAGAGCUAGAAGAAGAAGAAGAUAUGGACGUGGCCCUAAUAAAUAUACGCGUAAUUGGGAAGAUGAAGAUGCAUAUGGGAAACCAGGAACUAAUGUUGCCGUUAGAAAUAAACGGUUUAGUAGAAGUGGUGAAGAUUUCCCUGCUUUAGGAACUAAUAAAAAUUCUUCCCCACAAGUAGAAGAACCGGUAAUCUCAUCUGCUUGGUACAGUAGUAAAAAUAAAUCACAGAAUAAAGUACAGAACUUUCCACCUCUACAAACUCAGGGUGAUAGCCCAAAAACGAAAUCUAGCAGCACGUCUAAUGUUCACACAAACGAAAAUAAGGCUCCCAAUGAACCCACAAACCCAGCCUGGAAAAAGGACACGAAGCAUACAUCCCAUACUCAAAGUAGCAACGGAAAUAGCGGCGCUGGUGGUGAUGCAGAUAAGUUGGUCAAUGCAAAAACAUCUCCAAGAGAUAAUAACAAGAGGAACGUCCAAGAGUCUGUAAGCUUGGCAGCAAGUAGAACUCGCGGGCGAGGAAUGAGGAUAAACGUUAAUAACAAUAUGGUCACUAAUAGAAUGGUUGAGAGUAAACCAAAGGGACACGGAGCGGGUCCGAUCACCACCGAGAAUAAGAGAAAUAGUACUAUACAGAACGACGAUGAACAACAAAUUACAAAUGACAUGAAACGCGUUAGUGUUAGCGAUGGUACACAGUAUCAUCAAAGUGGAAGACACAAUAAGAACUUCUAUGGACAGUCGUCCAAUCAACAGAGAUCUAACGCAGUACCUCCGAGAAUGCAACAGCAGUCUCAUACGCAACAACCACAACAAUCGCAACAGCAACAAUCGAUUCAGCAGCAAGAUGGUUCAGCUAAUAGACCGAGACGAUAUUCCAGUUUGCGGCAACGUCCUACUGUGUCCGAUACUCCGGGACAACAGACUUAUCCACCGCAACAUGGACAACACGGACAACAUGGUCAACAUGGAUAUUUUCCUCCUCAAGCUGGAAAUUCAAGAGCUGUUUUAGAGUCACAAGGAUAUCCACCAGGUCAUUUUGAGCAGACUACCCCUGUUGCUACCGCAGCAACACCUAUGGCUGGACAACCUGUUAUUCCUUUGCCACCCAAUGGCCAACCUGCUAGUUAUGCUCCACCGCCAUUUUUGGUACCGCCGCCGCAGUUUAUUUCCCCGCAAACUGCUCCGCCUAGUAUAAUUAAUUAUGUUUCCGGCCCGAAUGGACCAGCAUUUCAACCAAAUUAUCAAGGUUAUCAAGGAUAUAGCCCGCCGGUGCAGCCUCAGCGUCCCCCACCGCCGCAAGAAUUAUUCCAACCGCAAGGUUGUACUUACUAUAGUCCAGCGCAGCAGCAACAACAGCAACAACAAUCGGCGCCAAUGAGACGGCCGAAAGCAGCUAUUCCAAUUCUCCCACCACCGGACAAUCAACAUCAGGGCAGUAGAGGGAGAGGAAGAAGUACACAGCAACAACAAACGAGUCAACCCGGUAAUAUGCAACAGAUUGAACUAGAGGUCAAGGACAAUUUGUUUGAAGAUGAACAGAAUAUUGUACCAGAGCCGUUUGAUAGUACGCCAAUCGAGGAGACUGUGCAGAUUCAGGAAAUGCAGAAAAAUGAAGAUUUAAGUGCAAUAACGGAUACUGUGGUUGAGGAUGAAGGAAAGAAUGUUAAAGACAUUGAUAUUGAUACAGCGGUGGACUCGCAAAUUAUUACGUCGGACCCCAUAAAUGAAAUAAGUGCUGACGAUUCGAUAAAGGUCACUAUAGAUGAUCAUAAUAUCAUUCCUCUGAAAUCUCUGGAGACAGUCGUGGAAAAGACUGAGAAUGAUUUGAGCGUAAUUGAAAACACUACAUCCGAAAGCACAGUAAUCGAAGAAGCAGCAGCUUAA